AUGCUAAUAUUAAAAAUAAUAAUACUAAUACUAACAAAGAAAGUUAUUAAUACAAAUACCGGUGGUGGCAUUUCUCCACAUUCGAGAAAUUACGAAAGACCGAUUAGAGAGGAGCCUAUUAUUCAACAUUCACAUUUAGAUGAUCGUAACAGCAGCAGUAGUAAUAGUAGUAGAGAUCGUAUUUACGACAGAGAUAUUCAUCAUGAAUGGACACCAAGACAUCGUGUGAUGCCAUAUCGAAAUCAUGAACUUGAGAGAGAUUAUGAACGUGAUCGACUAUACAUGAAAGAUAUACCACGCAGAUUUGUUGAUAGAAUUUCUUCAAUUGAUUAUGAUAGGGGAAAUGGCAGAGGGGGAAAUGCUAAUAUUGCGAUUGGGAUUAGUGGUGAUAUGAUUUCUUGUUUUAGAAAAUUUGAUGACCGAACACAUCCUAUGGCGAUGAACCGUAGUCCCGACUAUUAUCAUGGCCCAAUGACUGAUCGAUCUAUGAGAGAUUUAGGCGGUAAGGAUCGUGGUAACGAUCUUCAUUAUUAUAACAGUAAUAGAAACUUGCAACAAGAUAGGCCAAGAAUCGAAUCUAUAAGAAGAGAAGAAAGAUUACCAAUAGGAUUAGGAGGCGGCGGAGGUACUAGAGAAUAUAACCAACAACAGCAAUAUAAUAAACAGCACCAGGAUCGAAAUUAUCAACAUAAUACACCUAAUUAUCCAUCAUCACAAAAACAACAACAAUCACCACCAUCUUUUAUCAACAAAAAAGAAGAACCUCCUUUACCAUAUCCCUGGAAAAGAUGUAUAUCCAGUAAAAAUAAGGCUUACUUCUUCAAUACCGAAACUCGUGAAAGUCAAUGGACCUUUCCAUCUGAAGAUAAAAAGAAUACUAAAGGAGGAAGAUUACAAAAACAAGAACUUCACAAUAAUGAAAAUUCAAAGAAACUUGAUAACGACACAAGAAGAUUAAUUAACAAUAAUAUUGUUAGCAAUAAUAAAGAAAUUAGGCCCAAUAGAAAAAAUAAUAUUCCUAUCGGCAAAUCAGAUUUGUCGCCAUUUUUACUUGAAGAAGUUAAUGAUCUUUCACAUAUGAUAGAAGUAGGUUCUGAAGAGGAAGAAGAUAAUGAUGAUAAAUUACCGGAACUUGUUGGUGUUAUUGGUCAAAUAUAUUAUCGAGGUUUUGCAUUGAGUGUUCUUAAUAAAAAAGCUGAAGAUGGUUAUGAGCGAGCAGAUUCAACUGAAUGGAUUGAUUGA